AUGUCGAAAGCUUCAAUCUUCUUUGCCGCGCUUUUCCUGUUGAGCUGCUGCUGCUCAACAAUAUCAGGCACAAGCCCGUACGUAGCUUACAAAGACCCGAAACAGCCCAUACACAGUCGAGUCGAAGACCUGUUAAGGCGAAUGUCCUUAGAAGAGAAAAUCGGUCAGAUGGUUCAAAUCGAACAAAACGUGGCUUCGCCGUAUGUAAUGCAAAGAUAUCUCAUAGGCAGCGUGUUGAGUGGUGGAGGCAAUAGCCCCGCGCCAAAGGCUUCACCCGAGACGUGGGUCAACAUGGUCAACCGUUUUCAAUUGGGCUCGUUAUCUACACGUCUCGGGAUUCCUAUGAUAUACGGUUCGGAUGCAGUUCACGGGAAUAAUAACGCAGACCCGGAAUUGGUGAAGAGAAUCGGAGCUGCAACGGCUCGUGAAGUUAGAGCUACCGGAAUUAAUUACGCGUUUGCUCCGUGUGUUGCAGUUUGUCGAGAUCCGAGGUGGGGCCGUUGUUUCGAGAGCUAUAGCGAGAAUCCAUCCGUAGUUCGAUCGAUGACCGAGAUUAUCCCGGGACUACAAGGAGACGUGCCGAAAUACUACCCAAAGGGCCUUCCUUAUACUUCCGGCCAAGACAAAGUUGUGGCAUGUGCCAAGCAUUUUGUCGGGGAUGGCGGGACGAGCAGGGGAAUAAAUGAGGCCAACACUGUGGGAACUGUUCGUGAGCUGCUCGACAUUCAUAUGCCGGCUUAUGUAGACUCGGUUUCCAAAGGCGUAUCGACAGUCAUGGUCUCGUAUUCGAGCUGGAAUGGAAUCAAGAUGCAUGCGAAUCGAGCCUUAAUCACCGGCUAUCUCAAGAACACGCUUGGUUUCAAAGGGUUUGUUAUCUCUGAUUGGCAGGGCAUCGACAAAAUCACAUCCCCACCACAUGCGAACUACGUUAAUUCAAUCCGAGUCGGAAUAAACGCUGGAAUCGACAUGGUUAUGGUUCCAUACAACUAUAAGGAGUUCAUCGGUGGUUUGACCUAUUUGGUCAAGAAAAGGCUCGUCCCAAUUAGCCGCAUAGACGAUGCCGUGAGGAGGAUCUUACGAGUUAAAUUCACGAUGGGUCUUUUCGAACACCCCUUGGCCGAUUAUCGCAUGGCCAAGCACUUAGGCAGCCAGGAAAAUCGAGAGCUCGCGCGUGAGGCCGUGCGAAAAUCGCUCGUCCUCCUAAAAAACGGGAAACCGAUCGACGAGCGGCCGUUACUACCCCUCCCAAAACGGGCUCGGAAAAUCCUCGUGGCCGGGACUCACGCGGACGACAUCGGCAACCAAUGUGGCGGAUGGACGAUCGAGUGGCACGGCAAGAGCGGCAACAUCACGGCCGGGACCACAAUCCUCUCCGCAGUUCGGAAAACGGUCGACCCAAAAACCGAGGUCGUGUUCGAAGAAAACCCGAGCCCCGAGCGCGUGAGGAAAGGCGGUUAUUCGUACGCUAUCGUGGUCGUUGGCGAGCGCCCAUAUUCCGAGUCGGUCGGGGACAAUGCCGAACUAAUGCUGCCAAAACCAGGCCCCGAGGUUAUCGAGAACGUGUGCCGUUCGGUUAAGUGUGUUGUGGUUUUGGUUACGGGUCGACCCGUUUUGAUCCAACCGUACUUGGCCCAGAUUGAUGCCCUGGUGGCUGCAUGGCUGCCAGGGUCUGAGGGUCAAGGGAUGGCAGAUGUUUUGUUUGGGGAUUACGGUUUUGGUGGGAAGUUGCCGAUCACGUGGUUCAAGAGGGUUGACCAGCUGCCGAUGAACGCCGGCGACCCGGGUUACGAUCCGCUUUACCCGUUCGGGUUUGGGCUUAGCACACAGCCGGUUACUGGAAAGAUUGGUUAA